AUGGCUGCUCCCUGGCGGGUGCUCGCGGGGCUGGUGCGCGGGCAUGUGCCGCGGUGGCAUGUCGCGCGGGGGCUGCGCAUGCCGUGCUUUCCUGUGCGCGCCCUUUCGUCUUCCGUGCGCCGCGCCGCACUUGCAAUGCACACGCCCGAAGCAUGGGCCGUAGCCAGCGGCGACCCGCCGCUGGCAGAGGCCAUGGCGCAGCACGCGGCAUGCAGCGCUACGCGCCCUCUGCUAGAAUCACUGCAGCGCAAUAUUCACGCCGACGACCCCAGUGCGGGGCUCGCGCAUAUCCAGCACGCACUCGCGCUUGCCUAUACCACGCUCUUUGCCCCGUUCGCACGCACGUCUGCGAGCACAGUAUCCGCGCACGAGGCGCUUGCGCUACUGGGCUACGCCGCCGAGGCGCUCAUGUUACUCGGCACGCACGAGGCGCAUGUCCUUGCGCGAAAACUGCUUACCUUUGCGCAGCUGCACGUCGGCGCCGUCCCCCUGGUGCAUUUCCGGCGCAUGGCGCAGACGCUCGGCGCUGCGCGCGACAUGGAGCUCGUCCUGCAGAUCGAGCGUGUCGCGCACAUCCACCAUCCCGGUGUGCACGACGCUGGGCUUCUGCGCGCGCGUUUGCUUGCGUGCGACGCACUUGGACGCGACGCCGAGUUUGCCGCGUCGUGGGAGCAGGCCGAGUGCGCGGACUACGAUGCGCAUGCGCUGCGCGUCGCGCACUGCCUUGCGCGGCACGAUGCCGUGGCGCUCCAGACAGCGCUCAAGGCCAUGGCCGCUGCUUUUCCGCUCCGCGCGAGCUUGUGGCGGCGCUUGGCCGAGGCGUACGCGCCGCUGCGGCCCCUGCUUGCGCAAGUGCCGCCGCGCGAGUGCGAGCCUGCUGAGCUGCUCGACGACCUGCUCCGCGCGGCGCUGCACGGCGCGCAUGCACAGCACGUACCCUACCUUCUUGCGCUCUUCGGCGUGCCGGGCAGCGAGCACCUCGACGUGCAGCACGCGAUUCCGCGCGCCGCGCAAAAUGUCGCAAGGGUGCAUCCACUGCCGCACACACUCGGCCUCGCGUCGACGUGGGCGGGGCGGCGCGGCAUGCCGCUCGCCGCGCUCGCCUUCUUCCGUGCGGCGCUGCACGCCGCGCCGCACGCCACGCCGCGCGUUCCUGUCGAAGAGCGGCGCAAGGUGCCAAAGCGCGACGCAGCGCGCAUGGCGCUCCACCAUGCCGCCGCGGGUGUCGUGCAGGCGUAUGCACGCAGCGGCAUGCCUGCGCGCGGCAUGGCCUUUGGCGCCCACGUCCUCGGUGCGCCGUGGCGCGCUGCGUGCGCUGCAGACCAAGCACCUGCGGUGCCCGCGGCGUGUGUGCAGCGCAACUCGGCGUGCACUGCGGCGCUCCUCGAGUGCGCCGGGGCGCUGCACGACGCUUCGCUCGCGCGUGCAGUCCUCAACGACGCGCGCGCGUACGGCAUCAAGCCCGGCGGCAGAGUCCGGCGCGCGCUCGCGGCGCUCCUCGUCGACGCGCUCGACACGCCGCGUGCGCAAGUCCAGGAGAUGAGCGCCGCGCUGGCCGCGCCGGUCGCAUGGUGCGGCGGCCGCUCGUCCACCGGUGCGCUUCCCAGCGCGGUGCGGCAGGCCAAGCUGUGCGACGCGCUUGCCGCGCUUGGCUUUAACGCGCGUGCAGAGCUCGCCGUGCUCCGCGACCGGAGCGUUCGCCGCGAGCAGCACACGCCCGCGGCGCUGCACGUCUGGGUGCGCGACACGGCGCUGCAGCCCGCUCCCGACGCGUUGGCGCGCGGGUUCCGGGCGCAGGACGCGCCAUGCACACCUCCCCCUGCGCCCGAGCCGCCGUCUGCGGCGCGCCUCGCCGUGUCUGCAGCCCUCGGCGACACACACGCGCUCCAGCGAGAGUUUUGCGCGCUCCUCGACGCUGGCAUCCGGCCCACCGCCGCGCAUCUCCUCCCCCUUGUGCACGCACUCUGCAAAGCGCGCCGCGGCGCCGAGGUGCUCUGGCUCCUGGACACGGCGCAGCGUGCGUGGAAUAUUGCGCCGACGCAUGCCAUGUACGCGCACCUUGCGUCGAUGUACGCUGCAGAAUCCGACUGGCGCGCCGUCCAGCACACGCUGCAAGACAUGCGCAAGCACAACCUCACGCCCGACGCACACCUCUACGACACGCUUGCGCUUGCCGCGCGCGCGCAAGCGGCCCAGGACGUGCUGGGCAUUCCCCACUGGCUCAUGCGCGGCGCGCCGAACGCUGCCGUGGACGUGGCGCGGCCCGCGAGUGUCGUGCAGCAUUUCCAGCUGCUGAUGCAGGCGCACGAGUACCUCGGCGCGCAGCAAUUCUUCCAGGCGUGCCUUGCGCGCGGCCUCGUGCCCGACUAUCGGAUGCGGCGUAUGCUGCGCCGCGCGGGCAACUACGUGGACAAGAUGCUGCGCCGCGCGCCACACAAUGGCACGCUGCAGGAAGCGCGGCGUCUGCAGCAGGAAAACAGCCACGCGUCGCGCUUUGCCACGCGCGGCCGUACGCUGGUCGCGGAGCGCCGCGCGUACCGCAAAGCGCUGCUUGGACUGGUGCGGGAUGUGGUUGCAGGGCGCGUGGAUACGUAG